AUGUCAUCUAUUUCUUUAGAUUCGAGUAAAACAAAUGGAGUGAUUAUUAAGAAAGAUGCCUGGUAUCGUCAUCCUACCUUACUUUGGAUAUUAAAAUCAACAGCAAUUAAUUUCAUUUUACCCUUUUUUAAUGGUGUCAUGCUCGGUUUUGGUGAAAUUUUAGCAAAUGAACUCAUGUUCAAAUAUGGCUGGUUUGGUUAUUUCUCUCGACCCCAGCUUGGAUUGAACGGUAUUCCUCCAAGUGCAACUAAAGAGUAUAAAAAAACUGUUGAGAAACAAAUUAAAAACGAAGAAAAGAAACAAAAUGAAGAGCAUUUACUUUUAGAUUAG